AAAAAUAUUUAAAAUGUAGUGGCAGUGGAAAAAGGUGAAGGGAGAGGGUGCAUUGUAGUUUAUAAGUUCUUUGGUAUACCCUGAGCUGAAAAGAUUGAAAGACAGCGCAAACCCCAUAAUUUCUAAAGCAAAAGCAAAAGCAAAAGAACAGAGAGGAAAAGUAACGAAACCCAGAAAGAAAGGGAGAAGAAGAAGAAGAAGAAAAGGGUUUUGUGGGUAAGGGAAUGCAAAUUGAAUAGAGUGAGGAACAGAGGAAGAGCAGCCAUAAAUGGUGCAGAACAGCACAGGAAGCUUAAGCUUCAGCAGCCAUUUGUGUAAGGAAGAUGAAGAGAUUUCGAGGUCGGCUCUGUCCACUUUCAGAGCCAAAGAAGAGGAGAUCGAGCGGAAGAAGAUGGAGGUCAGAGAGAAGGUUCAAGCCCAGUUAGGCCGUGUUGAAGAAGAAACCAAACGUCUCGCUUGCAUCCGUCAGGAGCUCGAGGCGCUGACCGAUCCAAUGAGGAAGGAAGUGGCACAGUUUCGUAAGAAGGUUGACGCCGUGAACAAGGAAUUGAAGCCUCUGGGACAUAUCUGUCAAAAGAAGGAAAAGGAGUACAGGGAAGCCCUCGAAGCCUUCAACGAAAAGAACAAGGAAAAAGUUCAGCUAAUCACCAAACUAAUGGAGCUGGUGAGCGAAAGCGAGAGGUUGAGGCUCAAGAAGCUGGAGGAGCUGAGUAAGAACAUCGAUACGAUUCGAUAACCAUAUCGUUUUGACAAACUGAUAACCCUGUGUUUAUUAGGCUUUGGCGUGUGAUGUAUUUAAUCUAAAGAACAAAAAGGAGCUGUGUUUGUGUAUUAGUUGAAAUGUUGGCGUUCCCUUUGUUUGUGUGUAUUUUCAUAAUUUCUCUGUUUAUUUAUUUUUCGUUUUCAGAAGUUAACUCAAAAAACAUUUUAACUCAUUUUAGGAAGGGAAAUGACUUAUCUAUCCUUUUGUUUUUG